GCGUGGCUGAGUAACAGAGGCCAUGCACCGGGUGGCUACGCACAAUGAGACCAAGGUGUACAAUGUGUCUGCAGGCAAGUCGCUGCCCGAGUGGCUGAGUGAGGCCAAGGGCAGGAGCCUCAAGCGGGACACCGAGUUCCGCAACCGCAUCGAGCUCAUUCAGGACCUCGACUUUCCGUCGGCGUCCAACGCGCUCAAGCAGUCGCCCGAUGGCAAGUUUCUGGCUGUCACGGGCGUCUAUCCGCCGCAGUUUCACGUCUACGAGCUGGCCAUGCUCUCGAUGAAGUUUGAGCGCCAUGUCGAUGCCGAGAUUGUCGACAUCCUGCACCUCUCCGAUGCGUGGCACAAGUACGUCCUCCUGGAGGUCGACCGCUCGCUCGAGUUCCACACGCAGGGCGGCCGGUACUACAAGACCCGCAUUCCCAAGGCCGGUCGCUCGCUGGCGUACAAUGAGCUCAACUGCGAUCUGUACACCGGUGCCUCGGGCCCGGACGUCUUUCGGCUCAAUCUAGAUCUGGGGCGGUUCAUGAAGCCGCUGGCGACAACCGACUCGCGCGGCAUCAACGUCGUCCGCUUCGCCUCGCGCCAUCAGCUGAUUGCUACUGGCGGCGAAGAGGGUGCGCUGGAGAUGUUCGACACCCGGUCGCAGGACAAGGCCGGGCUCGUCCAGGUCGGUGCGUACGUCGCGUCCGAGUUGGGGCUCUCGUCGAUGCCGGGCGUCUCGUCGGUGACCUUUAAGGAGGACGGCCUGUCGGUGGCGGUUGGCACGACGUCAGGCCAAGUGCUGCUGUACGACCUGCGAUCGGCCAAGCCUUGGCUCAUCAAGGACCACCACUACGACGCGCCGAUCAACUCCAUUGCCUGGCACGGCGCAGAGAACACGUCCAACAUUGUCUCGUCGGACGCCCGCACCAUCCGGGUCUGGGACUACCACGACGGCGAGCUGAUGGCGUCGAUUGAGCCGGACGCACCCAUCAACUCGUCGAUUGUGCUCAACCACGACUCGGGCCUCAUCAUGUGCACCGCCGAGGCGCCCAAGGUACAGGUUUACUACAUGCCGGGCCUCGCCCCGGCGCCCGAGUGGGCCUCGUUCCUCGACUCGCUCACCGACGAGCUUGAGGAGGGAGGCGCCGACACGGGUGCCAUCUACGACGACUACCACUUUGUGACCGAGAAGGAGCUCAAGGACCUUGCGCUGAGCCACCUCAUCGGCACCCCGUUUCUCAAGCCGUACAUGCACGGCUUUUUCAUGGAUACCCGCCUGUACAAAAAGGUCAAGUCUGCUGUCAAUCCGUUCGAGUACAAGACCUGGCGCGAGGGCGAGAUCCAGCGGAAGAUCGACGCCGGCCGCUCGUCGCGCCUGGCCUACCAGUCGAGCAAAGAUGCUGUCAAGGUCAACAAGGCAUACGCCCGCCAGAUCCGCGCCACGCUCUCCGACAAGGCACUGGCCAAGCGCAAGGCCGAGCGCGGCCUGGUGGGCGUCGACCAGGAGACCCCGCUUGACGACCCGCGCUUCAAGCCGCUCUUCUCCGACCCGCGCUUCUCCAUCGACACCGACUCGGACCACUACCGCAGGCUGCAUCCCAUGGCUGCGGUGACGGCCAAGCCUCUCGACAUCCACGACGACUCCGACUCGGAAAACGACGACAACUUCCUCGAGUCGUUCCGCAACACCACGCUUGCAGACUUUGAGGGCUCGUCGUCGGCAGACCUCUCUGCUGGCGAGGAGGCCGCCAUUGAGGCUGCCGAGCGCGCGCGGGCCAAGGCCCUUCGUGCAGCGUCGGCCAAGCGCAAGCGCGCCGCCAAGGCCGCCAAGGCUGCGCCGUCCGCCGACGGCGGGCAAGGGCCCAAGCUCAAGGCUGCCUCGGACGCGCUGGGCGUCUCGGCACACGAGUUCUCGGGCAAGGCGCCCAAGUCGACCGGCGACAUCUCCUUUGCCUCGCGCCUCAAGUCGCGCUCUGCGCGUGCCGCUGCCACAGAUUCGGACGACUCAUCCUCGGCGUCGUCGUCGUCGGGCGAUCCCGAGGCCGCCAUCCGCCGCCACCGCAAGCGCCGCCGCACAGGCUCCAAGCGCGUCGGCAACAUCACCUCCUCGUUUGCCGUCCACGAGCAGGUCAAGCAAAAGUCGGCGUCAGAGCUCGAGCAGGACGAGCACCUCAAGGAGAUGCGCACCCGCAAGCGCCGCGGCAUCCGCUCUCUCAACCUGCCCAUGCCGCCCACCCUGGCUGCCGAGCGGUACCGGUACCGCGCGCGCAAGUAAAGUCGUCUGCCAUGCCA